CUAACAUUUCCUCUAUCCAUCCAAAUCGCCGAGGCAUGUUACUCUCGCACUUCAUGCCAAUGGAUUUUGCACACCCAAGACAAGCUUCCACAAAACCCUAACUUAUUUUUCGCCAUUCAAUAUCAACAAAUACGUCUGAAAUUGGAUUGGGCAAUAACAAUCUUCCAAUUCAACGAUUAAGUGGAGACAAAUGGAGUCUGACGAAGACGAUUUUGUUUUCUAUGGAACACCGAUAGAGCGUGAGGACGAUGUAAUCAGUCGCAAGAAGAAGGCCAUUGCCGAGUCCUCCGGUCAACUUCGAACUCUCCCAGCUUGGAAGCAAGAGGUUAGAGACGAGGAAGGGCGGAGAAGAUUCCAUGGAGCAUUUACAGGAGGCUAUUCUGCUGGUUACUAUAAUACAGUGGGCUCCAAAGAAGGGUGGGCACCCCAGUCAUUUAAAUCAUCCAGGAAGAACAGAGCAGAAUUCAAGGAGCAGAAUAUACUGAAUUUUCUAGAUGAAGACGAGAAAUCUGAGUUGGAAGGUCGUUUUUUGGGGACUACUUCACAGUUUGAUACAUUUGGUUUCACAGCUGCCGAAAUUGCUCGCAAACAAGCUGAGACGGAACAGAAACAGAGACCAUCCGUAAUACCUGGACCUGUACCUGAUGAAAUAGUUGUUCCGGCCAAUGAGUCAAUAGGGGUAAAACUUCUCUUAAAGAUGGGGUGGAGUCGUGGCCGCACGAUCAAGGAUUCACAUUCUGAUGCAUUGUAUGGUAUGAUUUCCCAUUACCAAUUUUUAGCUAUUUGUUCGCUUUCUAGUUUAUACCUUUUGAUACAAGUUCAUCCAAUAUAAGUUAUAUUGUAAGAA